AUGUUGGCCUCACUGUCGACGGUGAUCUCUUUGUCGCGUGCAACGAAUGUGCCUUUCCUAUUUGCAGGACUUGCUACGAAUACGAGCGACGGGAAGGCAACCAAGUCUGCCCUCAGUGCAAGACCAGAUUCAAGCGGCUCAAAGGUACGUAAAAGAAUGAAACGCAAGGAAGCCCUAGAUCCCUUCCCUUCUUUCGUUUUUAGGAGAUAUAUUAAAAGUUUACUCUGCUAUAUGGGAAACUGGAGUUGGACAUUUAGUGUAUUGCUAUACCAACACACGAAAGUUCCUUUUCAGCAAAUCUCGCCAGUCUUAAAUCCUGUAGUAAACCCCAGUGAUGGAUCCUUCGGGUAUAUGAUCCUUCUUGUUUUAGAACCUGAUAUGGUUUCAUCUGUAACUCCCUAUAGGGUUAGUAAUAGAUCUCUCUUUGCUUAUAUCUUACUUGUAUCAGAUUGUUGAAUUCAACGACAUUGUAAAUUUACAGCAGAAAUUGGAUUGUUUGUUAACUCAAUAUGAUCUUUGGGAAUAAACUAGAAAUUGAGAUGUUUGUUAUAAUCCAAAUAGAGAUGACUAACCAGAAAUUGAUCUGUUGGUUAAAAAUUAUGUUAGAUGGAGAGGAAUGUUAUUUGAUAGGUAAAAGAGAAGUUAAACCUUAUUGACUUUGGUGUUAGAUUUUGUCGAUAACUACAAAAAUUAUAAUGAUGAUUACAUCUCUUGAAAAGGAACACCAAUUAAACAUAAUUGUACUUUUCAAUUAAACAUAAUUGAAAAGGAAAUCUCCGCUUUGGCAUUCUUCGUGAUGGAAAAGCUCGCAGCUUUCAUCAGCGCUUCGUGUAGAUAUUCUCACAAAGGCCUUGAAUUCUAACGAACAUGGUGGACGUAUGAGAGGCAUAGGAGCAAAUGUCACUCCAUCAUCCUUCUUCAAGGUUGCUAGAGGGAAGGUGCAAAUUGAAGGAAUUUGAAGUGAUACUACACCGGUUGCAUAUAUUACAUCUAAAAGAUGUGAUUCGAAGGAAUUCAUUGGGGCUCGAUGUAGAGUUAUAUUGAUUAUCUCUUUUUGGGUGAUUACGUUAAUCGUGGCCAACAUAGCCUGGAAACUAUUACUCUUCUCCUUGCAUUAAAGGUAUUACUUUCCCCUCAAGCUUGUCAAUGUGAUCAGUCUUAUCCAAGCAAAUAUUUUUAUGAAAAUAUUUAGCAUCAAAGAAUUCUUGAAGGUAUUACUUUGCACUCUUCUUGUACAGGUUUAUGUUUACAAAUAUGUUGUAUCUUUAAACUUUUCAAAAUUUUCUGAAUCAAUGUUACAGAUUGAAUAUCCACAUAAUAUACAUUUAAUUAGUGGAAACCAUGAGGCAACAGACAUUAAUGCUUUAUUUGGGUUUCGUACCGAGUGCAUCGAGAGAAUGGGAGAACAAGACGGAAUCUGGGCAUGGCACCGUAUUAACAGAUUGUUUAAUUGGUUGCCUUUAGCUGCUUUAAUGGAGAAGAAAGUUAUCUGCAUGCAUGGUGGUAUUGGUCAUUCCAUAAAUCAUGUAGAGCAGUUCGAAAACCUUCAACGACCUAUCACAAUGGAAACUAGAGCAAUAGUUCUUAUGGAUCUGCUAUGGUCUGAUCCAACAGAGAACGACAGUGUUGAGGGGUUAAGACCAAAUGCCAAGGGGCCUGGCUUGGUUACUUUUGGGUUGAUAGUAAGGGCACAUGAGUGUGUCAUGGAUGGUUUUGAACGAUUUGCUCAGGGUCAUUUAAUCACUCUUUUCUCUGCAACUAACUAUUGUGGAACAACAAAUAACACGGGGGCAAUUUUGAUUUUGGGACCAGAUCUUGUGGUUGUCCCAAAGCUAAUUCAUCCCUUACCUCCUGCCUUCCAUUCUCCUGAAACAUCACCGGAACGUCAUAUUGAGGAUACAUGGAUGCAAGAAAUUAAUGCAACAAACCAGCCACGCCUACCCGAGGCAGACCUCAAGUGGCAAAUGAUCGAGGUUCUCUAGCCUGGAUAUAGAAAUCAUCCCAAAUAUGGUAUACUAAUUCCCCUUCUGUGAACUGAGGUUCCUGGUGGUUCAGCUGUUGGACCUACUCUUUUGAACAAGAAGCUGGGUUUAUAAACUGGCCAUCAAAAUUUGUAAAGCUCUUAGAUAUUUCAACAUGUAAAGUUGAUUGAAAGUUGCUCACCAAUAGUGUUUUUGUGGUAGUUAUUCUUUCCUUGUCGGGACAAAUCGAGGUUAACAAUUACUAUGAGCCAUGUAUAAUAACAAUCUUUUCCCUUAUUGCAGUUCCAUCGCUAUAAUUUCUUUGG